AUGCAAGAUAUUAACUCAUCAAAAGGAUAUCGACUUGGAAGUACUAGGGAAGUAAAACUUAAAGAAACUUUACGUGAUAGUUAUAUAACUAAUUCCGAACUUAUUGAGGAUUUUAAAAACUACCAGAAGAUAUAUUCAGAGUUUAGUAAAAAUAUUAAACAGGAUAAAUCACAAUUACAACUUGAUCUAAAUCAAACUAAUAAAGAUAAAGAGAAACUUUCUAAGCAUAUUUAUCAGCUUAUAGAUGAGAGUGAGAGUACUAAUGUGCCUAAACCGACCAUGAACGAACAAAGUGAAGAAACAGUGCUUCAAGUUCCCAACUCAUCUGAUAUACAAAAAAAUCAAAAGAAAGAACUAUUGCAGAACAAGUCCGAAGGGCAAACCAAGGAUUAUGGCUCAUUGAGCUUAUUUUUAAAGAAAAUGAGUUUCACUCUAUCACCUAUAAAACUUUAUCUUAUGGAUAUAGAUGAAGCUAAUAAACAUGAAUCAAUUUGA